UGACCUUGCCUGCCGUCUUGGAUUUCCGCAGCGUCUUUAUUACAAAGUUUUUGGAGUGCUGUGUGAAAACAGCUUCUGUCUGUCCGUCUGUCCGUCUGUUUUGUAGUUACUCAGCGCGAUCACGGUUUGAGUUUCAGAUUCAGCUCAACAAGAAAAUGAAAACCACCGUCAUGCAGCUGCAGUAAGUGGUCACCCAGAAUACUGUCACCACCAACCCUCAGGUUCCUGUUUUGCACACUCCCGAGCUGCUGACUGUCUCACAAAGGGGACAACUUAUAUAUGAACACGACAGCUUAUAGUGAUCAUUAUACUAACAGAAACACACAUCGGUACAUCAGGAGUAAGCUUAAACCAAACCACCAAGCUGAACAUCAUGGAUGAAUCAGACACAUAUGCUAACGUAGAUGAACCUCCAGGCCAGCCUUGCAAAAGGACGGGUUUACUAAACGGCUCGGAGAGUAUUUAUGCGAAUGAAGAAAUAUUUCAGACUCUGGAGAUGAGCACAGCGGGAACUUCACUCACAGGUGCUGGACACUUCAAGAAGAGUUUGUCCAGAAUUGUCGUGGUGUGUCUGGGUCUGCUGUGUGUUCUCCUCCUGACUGGACUCAUUACUCUGAUGAUCCAACACAACAAACACAACUCUGAGUGGAAAUCAGACAUGAUCAUGUUGAACAUCAGUAACAACAACCUGGACAAAGAGAGGAACCAGUUACAGACCACUUACAACAACCUGGACAAAGAGAGGAACCAGUUACAGACCACUUACAACAACCUGGACAAAGAGAGGAACCAGUUACAGAGCAGCUACAACAAUUUGGCUCAAGAACGAGACAUGCUACAAAACAGACUGGAGGAGGUUCAGAAAAAGCUUCUUGAAGGCCUUAAAGGUUGGGUGCAUUUCAACGGAAGUUUCUAUUACAUUUCUUCUCUGGAGAAGCCCUGGCAAGAAAGUAGAGCUGACUGCUUACAGAGAGGUGCAGACCUGAUGAUUAUCAACAGCAAAGAAGAACAGGACUUUGCGAGAAGUUUCCAGAAGCUCGUGUGGAUCGGACUGUCUGACAGAGAGAAAGAGGGGACGUGGAAAUGGGUGGAUGGGACUCCGCUGAACACAAGCUACUGGAACUCAAGGGAGCCAAAUGGUGUUCCAAACAGAGAUGAAGACUGCACUGAAAUAAAGAUGUACGGUUUGGUGAACAGCUGGAAUGAUGAGUCGUGUGAACUUCGAAGAUUCUGGAUCUGUGAAAAGACUUUUAAUAUGUAGCCCGGCGUCCACAUUUGACCUUCCUGACUUUAUGCUAAAAGCCAGUGAGAAGUCAAGGUGUGCAGAUGUUUAUACGCUGCUUUUCAAUGGAAAAUAUUCACACAGAGUCCAUGUUCAGGCUGGGAAGAUUGCGCAGCGUUCAGUGUCAGUGUGAUGAUUGCUAACUGGGUGAGAAACCAUUAUUUUGUAAGGUCCCUUACCUUUGAACAAAUCCACAAAUAUACUGAUGCAGUGUUUCCCCUAGGUUUACAGCUUUGGGGGGGUGGGGGGUGCGGGCAGACGGACGCUGACACAAACACUUUAAGGAAUCUUGGUGUUCAUGCGUUACUUUUAAUGACAACUGUCCUGUUCUAUCAGAAAGGUAUCCUUAAAUUACUUAUUUUCCUGAUUUCCGACUCUAUCCACUAUCCUAUCUCUACAAUAAAGGCACAAAAAGCCAAAAAAUAA